CUUGACUAAUUAGGGCUUUAUGGUAUUCAAGGGCAUUAUGCUAUAUACAGCCCGCGGUACAUCAAAGAAAACCGAGUCAAUCAUGAAAUAAUGAACAAUACAGUAUUUUGUAAUUCUGAUAUAAUAAUUAUGCAGGCCCCUUGACAAGUAAAAUUGUCUGGCAUUAGACAGAGUUAAGUAACAAGUGCUUUUUAACACUAGCCCAUUAACAAUUCCAACAAUGUCUCUGCAGUAAAACCAUCUGGCAUAUUGCAGUAAAUAAUAUAGCAUGGGGUGUAGAAGCUACUAUGGGUUAAAUUAAUUAAAAAUAUGAGGGCCAUUGUGAGUGAACUAACAAACACAAUCUUCAUCUAAUUCACAUUGCAUUUGCAUCUCAAUACAACCUUAUUAUAUUUUGUAGGGUGACCAGUUCUAAAAGAUGGGUAAAACACCAUUCACAAGAAGCCACAAUUGAAGAAGUGUGGAUAUUGACAGAGCUGCUUCAUGCAGGGAUUCAUAGUAAGUUUUUUUCUCUUAGCGAGAGAUGAGAUGGCCCACACUUGUCAAGCUUAUUUAGUUGCAUUGUGCCCUUGCCAGACACCUUUCCCUCUAGCUUUAGACAGUACUUAUAGACAUAUAUUGUACUCUUAAAUGUUGAAACUCAGAUAAUGAUGAGUCUUAUCAUCGGUCUCCAAAAAGUAUACAUCAGUCAUUAACCCACCCCCUAGCAUGUGGUUUGUACGCUUGUAAAAACGAUACCCCUAACUUUCAAUUUUUUGUUAUGUGAAUAGCAUAUUGUCUGACAUUAAAGAGAUGUUGGAGUUGAUCUUUUUCAUACCGUAACUAAUGUUUUAGACAAUGUCUGGUGCAAGUGAUCCGAGGGUGUUGUUGGAUGCAAUGAGUAGCAUGUUAGGGGAAUAUGGGGAUAUCAAAGGACCACAGGAGGUCAUCACAGUCAUAAGGUAUACAGUGAAACACCAGAGAACUGUAGAUGAGCAGGGAUUGAACUACCUUAAAAUACAAGGGAAACUUUGACGUUUUGAGGGAAGGCCCUUUGUUGAGAAGUUAUGAAGGGCCUUCACUAGCUGAAGGGCCUUGCUUUUGUGAUUUGAGACCUUGGGCUUUAACUAAUGUCACCUGCACAAGGCUUAUAGCCAAAGUGACUUACUUCCCAGAAGGGUGUAUUAUUAGCUCAGCAAAUUAAUAUUUGGGCAUGAGGCUUGUUGUACAUGGUGGACUGAUCAGAUUAAGACCUGUCAAAUGCUUUUGACAAACAUGAAAGUUUCACAUGUCAAUAUUUUGUGAAAUCAAUGUUCAUGCUUUUUAAGAGUGAAACUUAAAAGUUGCAAAUGAUGAUUAAAUUAUUUUAAAUUAUAUUUCUAUGUUUAGUCUGAUGAAGGAUGCCGAGAAAAUGCUGAGUCGUUUCACAUUUCUCAACAUCCUGAGAGCAACCAUUGAGAUAGCUGCUGAGAAUAGCGCUGCUUUGGAAACCGUUCACAAGUAAGACAUUUUUGUAAUGAUAUUAUGCUGUUACACUAAAACAAAGAACCAAAUAAUCCAAGUGCAUUAUGUGAAUAACUGGUUGUUUAACAGUUGUUCUAUUUGCCAGGUUUGUUAAGGAUGGUGGUUGUUCAGUACUAAACAAAUGGCUUGAGGAAGGCAUAACGUCACAAAAUAUGCCAUUGAUUUUGGAUGUUCUAGAGGUUAGUGUGUUAUCCUAGUUAGGCGUGUUAUCCUAGUUAGGUGUAAAAAAAUACCUGUGGUUCCGGUUUCAUCUCGGGAAAAAAUUAGGGUCGGUAAGUCGGAAAUAAUUUUUUUUGGAUAUUUUUUUCAUGGUUUUUUUAAUAAUUAGUGUGACAACAGACGCCAUUUUGGCAGCAGCCCGCAACCACCUGGAGAAAAUAGGGUCGCACAGUCAGUCGCGUUGAAAAAAUAAUAGGGUCGGCAGAAAAAAAUAGGGUCGGUCGGGAAUCAGAACCACAGGUAUUUUUUUACGCCUUAAGUUAUAUAAUGAUGCAUCGAUGUGGAAAUUUACCAAUUGUCCAAUGUGGUGGCAGCACUCUAUCCCUUGACUAGUAGAAUUUUCACUGUGGUUGAGUGUGGAUUUCGGGUCAAUAUCUGAUACGCUGAUAUAUACAGUAUGGAUAUCUGUGCAUCCCUCAUCUUGUAUUCCAAAUCAUAAAAAAUACUUUUAAAUAUGUAAAUAGUGUUCCUUAAUUGUUUUAUGUUUUUGUAUGUCAGUUGUUGGAAGCGAUGCCAAUUACCGUUGAAGCUCUUAAACAGGUCAGUAUGCAGAGAGAAAAUGUCAAAUUUGAAAUACACAACCAUUGUGGUACACUUUGGUUUGUCUAAAUUGAUAAUUAAAUGUAGGUACUGUCAUGGUCUUAAAAUGCAUGUUUGUGUUGGUAUACGUAACAGUAGGUACUGCACGGUCGCUAAACUAACAUUACCAUAGAAAAUAAUGUGUUGAGAAAUAAGCGAUAUUACAGCAAUGUUUCACGUUGAGGAACAAACCGUUUGACAAGGAUUUAUAAAGAUGCUGAGGAGACAGUUCUCAUAAAACCUAUCAUGAUUUUUGGCAUCUGCACUUGAUAUAACUACAUUUAAAGAUGAUGUCCACUCCUGUGCACAUGCGCGAACUUUGUUUACGUUUUGAACUGCAUGCUAUAUUUGUAAAAUAUGAUAUACUAACUGAAUAUCUAACACUUUUCUGGUUCGCUAUGCUUGUAAAUGAAUAUAAACUAUACGUUUCAAUUCAAAAAAGUUCGAAAGAUGCAAAAUUUGGGCAAUGUUUAUAUCUGGGGGUCCCCCUUUGUUAUGAGCAGAACUGAUGUGCAGAACGGAGUGGACAUCAUCUUUAAUUUUAGAAGGGUUAGACGGAAAUUUGAAUGUGGAUUUUACACACAUAUUAGGCCUUAGAGCAUUUGCGAAAAAUGCAACUGUGUAGAUACAAAUUAAAACAUUUUCCAUGUACAAAAUCCUUCUCAUAAAACCUAGUACAUAUUUUGUUUGUUUAGGGAAACAUUGGAAAACUUGUUAAACAACUGUCUAAAAGAGAGGAAACAGGUUUGUUCUUAAAUUAACAUCAAUCAAUUCAAUAAAUAAGUUUUGUAAAAUGAAUUCAACCACUCUCUUGCUGUUAUUCCUUAGAUGUGAAAGAUUUAGCGAGCAAUGUUUUAAACAAAUGGAUGGUCUUAGUUAAAGGUACCGUACGCUGCUCGUGCAACAUGUGGUUGUUAAGAUAUUCUAUCCAUUAUACAGUUCUUUACCUUGUGUCUUCUUCUGUAGGCAAACCUAAGAAAAGUAAAAAAUCAAAUGAACACAGCGAAGGUAUACAGUUAGUAGUAUUGAGAAUAAUUGAAUACUCUGGAUAAAGGUGAUUAAAGGAUGGUUUACACUAUCAAAGUUUGUGUGAUCACACUAGGUAUUUUGCACAGCUAAAAUGUUUGAGGCAACUGACGUUGUAUUUAACACUGAAUCAGUUUCUUCAAAUAUUUCUUUACGAAUUCUUCCAAACGUAGAAUUUACCCUAGAUGCAAAAUUGCUACUGUGAUCACAGAAACAUUAGGGUCAUUUAUACGAGCGAAAAGAAGCCGUGGCUUAAAUAAGUCGCGAACGACUCGUAUAAACAGUCAAUUUGCAAUACGCCGCGGCUAAAAUAAGCCCAGAGUUGAAAGCUAGGCCUAAAUAAGCAGCGGCUUAUUGCAAAUUGACUGUUUAUACGAGUCGUUCGCGACUUAUUUAAGCCGCGGCUUAUUUAGGCCGCGACUUAUUUUCGCUCGUAUAAAUGGCCCUAUUGGUAGUGUAAACCAUGCAGGCUUAAGAUAGUAUGAACUAAAUACAUCUAUGUGUUGCAUUUUUAGAAUCAAACAGUGGAAGUAGUCCUUCGUCUAAACGCCCAAGGUACAGUGUCCUCUAAAAUCAGAUCAUGCAAUAGACCUUUCCCCUUAUGAGUGAAAUUUUGAUCUAGAUAUGCCUGGACAAAAAUUUCAUCACAGCUUGAAAGAGCAUCACAAAAUUAGUAAUAUUCCGAAGUUUCGUUGCGAAAUGUUGUAAAAUGCGGAUAAUAUAGCCUUGCGAAGUUUGCCGUUUUUCAGUCAUUUUGUAUUACAAAUGGGAAAUUGAUAAUCAGUUUGAUCAUCUGAUUAUCAAUUUCCCGUUUGUAAUACAAAAUGACUGAAAAACGGCAAACUUCGCAAGGCUAUAUUAUCCGCAUUUUACAACAUUUCGCAACGAAACUUCGGAAUAUUACUAAUUUUGUGAUGCUCUUUCAAGCAGUGAUGAAAUUUUCGUCCAGACUUAUCUAGAUCAAAAUUUCACUCAAAAGGGGAAAGGUCCGUAUUAGGGAGUUUACGCAUGUAAGACGGCAACAUCGGGACGACAGUUAUCAAUACAAUGACAUCAAUCCUAUAGCACAAAAGCAAUGAAUGAUUAAUAGUCUAGCAGGGGUUUUAGACAUCGUCCAAGCUCUGUUGACAACGGCAAAAUGCAUAUUUUCAUGUCUUGUAUAGUACGCUAGCAUUUCAAGCCGUGGCAGGUAGUUUUUCUAGCAGAGUUGAUCAAAAUUGCUCUGAAGGGUAAAGCUCAAGUAAUUCAAGACGAUAUUUCUAUACAUUAAUUUAUUUCAACAUGCUUAGUUCCUAGUAAGUUCUUAUAUAGUUGUUCUAUAGUCAAUGCACAUUGAUGUUGAAUGUAUUUUUCAACAGAGAGAACUCCACAAGUAAAGAACCCAAGUCAAGUCAACCACCGGAGAAGAAGCCCAAGACAUUGGCCGAAGCGAAAAGCAACGUUACCAGUGUAGCGAAACCUCCAACAAAAACCAAAAUUAUUGCGGCUUUGCCUAAACGUACGUUAUUCAUUGUUGUAAACAUACAAAAAAUAAUUCUAAACAAGACUGCGAAAAAAAUAGCAGACAAAGGGAGCAUUUAGGUACACGAGGCAGGAGUGGAAAAAACAGGAAAUGUUAAACAGCUGCAGGAAAUUCGUUUGAAUGAAGAUUUGCUAUUGAAAAUUGCAAACAUGUCCCAGUAUGGGCGCAACAACAUAUGCUUGACAGACACUAUUCCUUGAAUUUAAAACCAUGGUCAGCUAGAACACUAUAUGUUUAUGUGCAUGCAUAAAAUUUCGCACAAAAAUACUCCGUUGGUCUGCAGGAAAUUUUUAUCUCCAGGUUCUGCUCCCAGGAAGAAAAUUAUUUUUUCCUGCGCAAUAGUUAAAGCGAGUUAGCAAAAAAAUGAAUGAUAGAGGAUAGAAAAUCAUGAUGAAAGGGGCUAGAAGAGCAUAGAUACGAUAGGAGAAAAGAUAAGGAAUGAGAAAAAAAAAGCAAAACAGAAUAGAAUAUCCGAAGUACUGUACAUCUACGAUACUUCUCCUAACGCGUGAGCCACAUAAAAUAUGCAUUGCUUUCAUUGCAGUUGUUAUGGAAAGUUCAGGUUUCAUGAAUGCCUUGAUACAACCGCCAACAGCUCCAACCAAAAAGAAGAAGAAAGUGGCCCCUCCACCUUCCCCCAAGGUAAGACUAAAACCCACUGAUCUUUCGCCUUUCAGACUAAACUGACUCGAUUUAUACUGGCCAUUACUGGGUAGGUCGGCCCUUAUUGUCACAGUGUUAUUACAUGCAGGAGGAAACCAGAAAGAAGCGAGCGAUCGUUUAACUAAACCAAGGACUAAUUUUCUUAAAUGGAGUUUCUCAUAUCGAGCAGCACAAGGGUGGAACGAACUAUCGAAAGAAAUAACUGACGAUUUUAAUAAUUUAUCUAUGCCAACAUUCAAACGGCGAUUAGGACAAUGACUUUUCAUUAAUACAACUAAUUCAUAAUAUCUGAGAAGUGUAAAUUGUGUAUAGUUUAAUUUGAGUGUAUUUUUUUUGUAUAGUCUGUUUUAACACGGCCCUUUGAAAAUCAGGUUGUACAUAUAAAUGUUGUCCUGAAAGGUCACCGUGUAUAAAGAAUUUUUAAUUAAAAAUUGAACAAUGGUCAAUUCCAGCUAUAGACUAAAUUUUGAUCUAGGCAAGAAGAACGAAAUCCAUCACCACAGCUAGAAAGAGCAUGUAGUAGAAUUAGUAAAAUUGCAAAGUUUGGCCGCGAAAUGUUGUAAAAUGAGGAAAAUAUACUGUAGCCCUGCGAAAUUUGCAAAUUUUGUAUUUGUAUUAUACGCGCGGGAAAAUGCACCACAUUUGGGCCGAAAGUGGUGCAUUUUCCCAUGCGUAAUAUAAAUUAAUAUACAAAAUUUGCAAAUUUCGCAGUGCUAUAUUUUCCUCAUUUUACAACAUUUCGCAACCAAACUUUGCAAUUUUACUAAUUUUAACAUGCUCUUUGACUAGUGCUGUGCAAACUCCGGUUUUUCAUCUCCGGCUCCGGCCGAAUUACAGCUCUGAGCUCCGGCUCCGGCCACAUCAUAAAAUAUUAAAUAAAUGUUUUACGAUCAGAGAACAUUUAUUAAUAUUAUUAUGAAUAACCCUUUUCACGCUUCCUAAUUAUCAGAUAACAUAACUCAGGAAACAAAACAGUGAAAACACUUAACCACGCAGAAAAUAUCUAUACGGAAACCAGCCUCGAAAAAUCUUUGACACGAGGCAUGACGCUAACACUUUCAGAUUCCACAGCGCAAUUGUUCGCACGCAAACAAAGUACUCUGUCAUUUCGUUAUCUACAAGGCAUGAAUACACAGAGUACAGUAUGUAGCGCUAAGUCAGAUGGCUUCAUGAAAGCAUGACGUUUGUAUUAAGUUGCGAUCGUAUUACAGCUUUUCGACGCUGUUCCUGUGGGCUGUGGCAGUUUGAGUCUAUGAUGAAUUCAUUAACAGCAAUUGGCAGUUUGCAGUAACUAACAAUCGUUUGACAUUUGUCUCAUUUCAUAUUGUUUUCUUGUCAUUUUGCCGGAGCUGGGAAAACGUAACUCCGGCUCCGGGCUCCGGCAUACAAAAUUCUGCUCCGGCGUCGGAAAAACCGCCGGAGCUCCGGCAGAACUCCGGCAACUCCGGCGCACAGCACUAGCUCUUUCUAGCUGUGGUGAUGGAUUUUGUUUUUCGUGCCUGGAUCAAAAGUUAGUUUAUAGCUAAAAUCAUCCAUUCUAAACCUGUGAUAUUCCGUAGAGUCUCUAAGCUGUAAGCACUCUAUUCUUCUCGCACGCGACUGAUGUAAAAUAAUAAUCAGACCUCUGCAUAUAUGCAGGAAUUGAACCUUGGUCACAGAUGUGAAGAACGCAUGUUUCUUCCCGACCCAAAUAUAUCUUUAACACGGUUUGUUAUCUGCCCUCAGCAAACGUCGACUGGUCCUCUUGAGGAGAUCUUGUUCAACCAAACACAAACUCACAAACAAGGCGACGAAAAAGAGAAAAGCAAUAAAGAGAAAGAAGAUAAGGAUCAAGAAACUGGAAAAGCAGCGAAUGAAAACCCCGAAAGGUAUAGGGAAAUGUCUGGCGAAAAUUACGAAACAAACCUACUGUAGCUGCAUCUUAAUUUGUCUUGUUUUUCCACAGUGAAAGCACGGAGCUACUGGUGAAGACAGAACCCUCACAAGAUGAUACGACGACAGAAAAACCUGUUACUGAUCCAGAAGCUACCACCACUACUGGCACAAAUUCUAGUGAGGUAACUGUGUUUAAAUGUCUGCUGUUUUAACCCCCAGGUCAAACGAGGGAGUUGUAUCCCUUGCUCGCGUUUGUCCGCUAACUCUCGUGGAAUCUCAUGCAUUCUUGUCAAAUCUUUGGGCUAGUAAUUUGGACUUUGGGCUAGUAAUUUUGAUGAGAGAGUUGGUAAUUUAUUCAGUCUUAUUAUAUAAAUUAUCACUCUUAUCAACUCUCAUGCGUCUCUGUUGUUCUCGUUCGACCGAGGCAUGAGAAUUGAGAAACUCUCAUACAAACUCUCAUUUGACCAGCCACCGGUUGUUCAAAAGUCGUUUAGCUUAGCGUACUCUAGUUCUCUAAAUCUUCAAACUAAUCUUCUCAAAUUCAUUAAUAAUUCAUGAGCAAUUCAGCCAAUGAUAAUCACCUAUUUGAUCACAAGAUGCCAUUUGGAAGUCACUAAUGUUUUCAUCAAAUAUCUUAAUUACGCAUGCAAAAUUACUUGAAUAGAAUUCCUAAUUACGUUCUGCUUGGUUAAGAAUUCUAUUCAAAUCAGCAAAUGAAAACAUUCUGUUACGUCUCGAUUCAUUCGAGAAGCCAUAUAAACAACUCGAGCUCGUAUCAACACCGGGAUAUCCAAACACUCGAAAACAAACACUCGCGCUCUCGUUGGUCAUAUAUUACUUCUCAACUUUGGGCUUAGAGUUGGUCAUUUAUCCAAUCAACUCUCGUGCAAUUCUGUUCUCGUUUGUCCAGCUAUAGACUAAAUUUCAACAAAAUCCAUCACCACAGCUAGAAAGAGCAUGUUACUGUCGUUCCAAUUGAAGUGUUCCUCAAAUAUUGAUUCAAUACAUUACCUCAGGCUGACCAAUUCAUUUCAUCAAGUUCCUCGAGAUAUUCAUACACUUCCUGUGAAAGAGCCAAUUCCAAGAACUUGAUCAUUUCUGGUCACUUCCUUUCUAUUUAUGAUUGGUCAGUUGCACAAACAACAAAGGUGAUUGGUGCAUUCAAACUAUUCAACAGGAAGUUUACAAUUAUACUAGGAAGUGUAUGAAUAUUUCGAGGAACUUGAUGAAAUGAAUUGGUCAGCCCGAGGUAAUGUAUUGAAUCAAUAUUUGAGGAACACUUCAAUUGGAACGACAGUAAAAUUAGUAAAAUUGCAAAGUUUGGCCGCGAAAUGUUGUAAAAUGCGGAAAAUAUAGCCAUGCGAAAUUUGUAAAUUUUGUACUGUAUUAAUUUGUAUCACGCGCGGGAUAAUGCACCACAUUUGGGCCGAAAGUGGUCCAUUUUCCCGUGCGUAUAAUAUAAAUUAAUACAAAAUUUGAAAAUUUCCCAUGGCUAUAUUUUCCUCAUUUCACAACAUUUCGGAACCAAACUUUGCAAUUUUACUAAUUGUAACAUGCUCUUUCUAGCUGUGGUGAUGGAUUUUGUUCUUCUUGCAUGAAUAAUAUUGUAUACUGAGUGCAAAUUUCUUGACGGUAUAAAUAUUAUUUUACAUUAUUACAGAACGCGUCUUCAGAAGAACAAGUAAAGACUGAAGAUCCAGGUUUGUUUCAUAAUUAUUGCCCGUCUACUGAUACAGUAGUAUACCCGAUUUUAGGUGCGAUUUUUUUCUUCUAAGGAUGUGAACGGGUAGAUACUGUAAGUUAUGAAUGUUCAGAUGAGGAUUUCCACUCAAGAAAAUGUUCCACGUACAGAAUUUUUUCCGAAAAUACCAUUGUUCUUUACGUGGAAAAUUUUCCGCAGAAAGAAAAUUUUGUAAAAUGGGAUUGGCCGACACAAAUUUUCCGUCGGAAAAAAUUUUGAAGUUGAAAAUUUUCAACUUUUAACAAUGAUAUUUUCGGAAAAUUUUCUGUUCGCGGAAAUUUUUCUUGAGGGAAAGUGGCCCUUAAACGAGCCUUAACAUGUGCCUCUUAGUUCCAGCAUCUUCAGUGGCAACAGUAGUUGAACCGAUGGAAACCGACCAAAAGGAAGAAGUAAAAAAGGAAGAAGUAAAGAAGGAAGAAGUAAAGAAGGAAGAAGUAAAGAAGGAAGAAGUAAAGAAGGACGAAGUAAAGAAGGAAGAAGUAAAGAAGGACGAAGUAAAGAAGGACGAAGUAAAGAAGGACGAAGUAAAGAAGGACGAAGUAAAAAAGGAUGAAGUAAAGAAGGACGUCAGUGAAGAGAAAGAAGGAACUGGCAAGAAGAAAAAGAAAAGGAACAUCACGUGGGCGACGGAUGAUAAGCUCGUGGAGUAUCAUUACUAUGAACCAGAUGACGAAGAAAGAGGUAUAUAGGACUUCUUUAGCAAUUGAACGUUUUCUGAAGAGCAAUUAAUUUUUCUUUUUAUUUCCUCUUCCAUUCCUUACCUAUUUUCUCGUGUUUCGUACGCGUUUCGUACGCAAUACCGGAAUACCGGUGUCCCAAAAAAAAACUGGACACUGUUUGAUUUCAUGUAACGUAAAAGCUAUAAAAGCUAUCGCAAUGAAAUAAAGAUCAUUGCAUUCAGAAAGGUCUAACUUAGAUUUUGAUAUAUGGCACUUGAAUUUACAUGCAAUAUCGACUGCGCUGUUGAUGUUUGAACGUUGAACUACUGUUUUUGAAAAUGCUAAAAAUUAGCAUAAAACAACCUUAUAAUUACCCAUGUAGUUAUACUUGUUAAAUAAUAAAUAUUUUUAUGUUGGUUGUUUCUCGCUCAAUAUUGCAUGUAAAUUCAAGUGCUAUAUAUCAAAAUCUAAGAUAGUCCUUUCUGAAUACAAUGAUCGUCAUUCCAUUGCGGUAGCUUUUUAUAUAGCUUUUACGUUACAUGAAAUCAAACACUGUCCAUGCAGGUUUUUGUAGACAGCCGGUAGUUUUAAUGAUAGGCUUGUGAUUGAACUCAAAAUUACUUAAUGUACAUCAACAUACCUUCAAUUUAUAUUUCAAUAUUUCUUUAGUUGCAGUUCAACAUAUCAUCAACUUCCAUGACGCUCAGCACCAAGAGGCGAUCCGAGAGAGACAGGUACUGUGUGUUUUAAAAGCUCCCUUAAAAAAUGAUCAAAUGAAGUUAUAUGAGGUGUGUCGACAGCAAUGGAUCAGUUACAUUUCUAUGCCCUGCAUCAUGAGUAUUUUCUUCAAGGAUUGUACAAUAUAUGUAAUCUAGAGCGUGCAGUGAAUAUUUUCUUUAAAUUUUCAGAGGGUUGAACAAGCCAAGCGAUUGAGCGAGGACAAGAUGAUGGAACAAUUGCCGUGGUAUAGACCCAAACUUCUUGAUAUUACGGAAAUAAUGGAACAUGGCGCAAACAGCCAAGAGAAAAUAAGCCAGGUUUGUUAUUGCUGCUGUUGGUAUGUUGUUGCUGCUGCUGUUUUUGAUGUUGCUGCUGUUGCUGCUGCUGUUGUUGUUGUUGUUGUUGUUGUUGUUGUUGUUGUUGUUGUUGUUGUUGUUAUUGUUGUUGCUGUUAUUGCUGUUGCUGCUGUUGCUGCUGUUGUUGUUGUUGUUGCUGUUAUUGCUGCUGUUGCUGCUGCUGCUGUUGCUGCUGCUGCCGUUGCUGCUGCCGUUGCUGCUGCUGUUGUUGUUGUUGUUGUUGCUGUUAUUGUUGCUGUUAUUGUUGUUGUUGCUGUUGUUGUUGUUGCUACUGUUGUUAAUGUUAUUGUUUUUAUCGUUGUCGUCAAGUACAGCGAAAUAAGCAUUCACAUUUUGUCUUCUAACUUGAUAGAAAGAACGAGAGUCGAAGAUUCUGGCACAUUUGUUCUUUUCAAAAUCAAGGUAGAGCAAAAACUUAUCAUGUAAUUUUUAUUUCGGCUUUUAAUUACCAUACACUUGUAUAUACAGUAUAUACAUGUAUUUCUCCUCAUCAGGAACCGAGGACUCUAUUUCAGAAUAAUAUAUUAACAAUCAGAGGAACAUUAUCAAAUAUUUGUGCCAUUGUUAUUUUUCCAUAGUUUACCGAUCAGUCCUGGAGAACCAGAGCCUGAGGCGAAGCCAGCGAGCGCUACGUCAUCACAGCCGAUUACCAUUCCACAUGAUGAGGUAAUUAAGUGAUAAUGUGAUAUUGAAAUUACCUACUACAGUAUACUGACUAGAAUGCCGAAAUGGGCUACCUAGUGAGACUCAAGUAAGGCCUAAAAAUUGUUUGGUUCUGGUUUCAUUUUUCAAAAGGUUUCAUUUUUCAAAAGGUUGCAUGGGGACGAUAGGUAUUAGGUUUUACUUUUUUUAUUCAAAUAGCUAAUAUACUAGAUGAUACAAAAAUUAUUAUAAUUCAAUAGAAUUUUAAUGCCCAGAACCGUUUAUUGGGUAGAUUAUAUAACAUUUGGUGCAAAAAGAGCGUCUCACUUAUUGUCUGUUUUGUGUGCGGCAAAACACAUACAAAUUUCUAUACGUACUGGACUCUGGAAACGGCUUUUUUCUGGGUCCAAUGUCAUUUGAGAGGGGGUCGGGAAACCGGAGUCAAACAGUUUUUAGGCCUAAGCUUUCGACAUGAUCAUGUUUGAGCUGCAUCCUUUGCGAUUUAAUUCUCAGUUUUACGUCUUUGACCGUAUAAAAUUGAUUGAUUCUAAUCGUUUAACAGAAAGGAAACGUUUAUCCACAGUCAAAAGGAACGGUGAACCCCGAGUCUGCAGCGACGGCUACCGAAGCAGCAGCAGAUGACGCGAAUGUAACGUUACCUCCCGCAUUGGCUGCUUUGCUCGCGAAUGCUACUAAAGGUACGCAUAAUUGUUGAAGACAUUUGUAGAUGGAAAUUUGGAGUCGAGUGUGAAUUUUUAUACAUUUCUUAGACCAAACCAGGGACAGCGCCCAACCUCGCCCUGAGAUUCCGGUGCAGCGCUCUAACCAACUGAGUUACAGAGGCCAGUUGUCGAGCUCUAACCACAAGUUCAUGUACAUAUACUAUCUCAUGUACUAUCUCACUCGAUCAGUAGAACUAAUUGUUGAAGAGAUUUGUAUAGAUGGAAAAGACAGGGCUUGAACUGACAGCUGAUCACGGAUCAAUGAUCGGGUAGCAAUUGCUUAUGAUGGGCGGAAAAGCAGGGUUUCCAACCUGAAAAAGCAGGGAAAACGUUAUUUCGAGCUCUGAAGAGAAGUUGGUUAGAGCGCUGUUCGCCUAUUACCUACUUCAAUUAGCCUAGAUUGUUCGCCUGUGUAUUGUGUUUAUUCACAAUCACAGUCGUAAUGUACUAUCGUCAACCGACUAUAGUAUAAACCGAGCCAUGAUUAAAAACGUUGUUAUUGUUUAGGUGCUGGGAACUCGGCUGCAAACUCUGCUGGUAAGUGCAAGAAAUAAUAAUUUUCUCUCAUCGUGUUUUCUAAAGAUGGUUUCGUAAUAAAUAAAAAAGUUUACUUCUUUGCUAUACUGUCAAGCUUUUCUCUUUGUGGGGAGGAUCAAAGGAGGAUGUUUCGUAUAUAAAUGUUUGCUAUUUUUAUUUCAGGAUCGGGUAACGCAGCAUUGUCGAAUGUCGACGUACAAGCUCUGUUGAAAAAACUUGUGGUGAGUCUCCAAAGACGAUUAUGUAUGGCACUACACACUUGCAGGGUCUUAGCUAGAAGGCCGUGUUGGCCGUGUUAUCGCGGCCAAAAAUAUAAAAACACGGCUGGAUGAAAUGAACGCGGCUUCAGUAUUUAUUUUUGGCCAUGCAUGUAGUUUCAUAAAAUAAGGUGUUGCUACUUACAACAUACAGAAUUUCUUUGUAAAAUCUACUGUAGUUGUUGAAAUUGGUAAAAGUGAUCCGUAAUGUUUUGAUGGAUAAUGGGCACCGUAUGGUGGUUAAAAUGGCUUUAAAUGCCCCAAGAGUUGCUAAAAUAAUUUAUUAUAAUGUCAUUGCGAAAUAUGAGCGUAUGCUCGCCUCGUAUUUGGUUGAAAAGCAUAGAACAACCACAGGUAUAGUCUAUUGUUGACAAGCAUAACUGGAAUUGUGUUUUAAAGGCUAUUCAAGGCAAUUGACAUGGGCACACCCUGGAAAUUUAGAAACACGCCCAAGAUAUAAAAUCGGCUAGCUAAAACCCUGCUACACAGUAGAGUUCGUCGUUAAAGGCUUCUUUUCGGUUAAGUGUUGUUCAUAGUGUGUGUGUACGCACGGGAAAGGGGCGUGGAAUUAUAAUUGGUCAAUAUUGUCAAUGAGAGACACGUGCAAUAACCUCUGUACUACUAUAUCAACACAUCGAAAUUAUUUGUAAUUUUGAAAUGUCGCUUUUUGUUCUCCACAGGCGUCCCAGGAGCAGGGGGAACAAGGUCAAAAUAUAAACGAACUUGGUGGUCAGCGAUUUCCUUCACCGUUGAUGAGCCAGCCAUUAAGAGUGCCUGGCCGUGUGGGUAAGAUUUUGACGAAGUUUGUGCACCAACAUGUGAGCUCUAUAUAUAUAACUGAAGUGAUAACUUCAGCCAAUUGUCUGAAUGAAAAUUUGAGCCAAAUAUGACUUGUAAUGUGAGUCGGUUUCACGGAAACUCUUGGCAUUAAAUUGUAUUCACAGGGGAUUUCCCAACAGGCUAAGGGCCCAAUUGACAGGGGAUUCGAUAUACCUGAAAGUCUAAGGCAAAAAAAAAUGUGGGUUUCCGGUUUCCCGACCCUACCUAGCUUUUGGACGUCGAAAUCCCGACCCUAAACUUUUUUAUUGGAUCAUGCUUGUAAGUGUUUCCACUUAGAGGAAAAAGUUUGUGGAAAAUUGAAAUUUGAGGCAACAUUAGGGAAAUUUAUCUUUGGAUGUGGAAGCACUGACUAAACAAAAUGGCUUCCGGUUGUUAGGAAAAUUUUAAAAAAGUUUAAAAAAAAAGUUAAAACCGACCUACCCUACCUAAGUUUUUAUAAGAAGAAACCGGAAACCCACAUAUUUUUUUUUGGCCUAACCAUUUGCUGAUGUCAAUGUAAAGGUAGCACUUUCUCCUCAAUUAUUUUUAAAGUGCGACUUACCCCAAAUAUAACUUUUGGUAUGUGUAAUAUUUGGGUCAUUCUAAGAAGAAAUGUAAUGUAUCUUUAUAGUAAAAAGCCUCAUUUUUAUCAACUUUUUCAAUGUCAAAGUUUCCGGAUAUGAUGUAAUUAGGUGAAUUUUUGGUACAAAAAAACAAAGGAAAACUAAUUUGCAAUUCACCUAAUGACAUCAUAUCCGGAAACUUUAACAGUGAGAAAGUAAUAAUAAUAAUAAUAAUAAUAAUAAUAAUAAUAAUAAUAACACUUUAUGUAUUGAGGAUAAACAGAUAAAGUUACAACUUUUUUCCAAUCUGGUCCUCCUAAACUCUAUAGACACAACAACAAUAACAUUAAACAUGACUAUAUUCAGUACUUCCUAGGAGUAUGAACAAAUGAAAUCAGGGGUAUAAUGUAAAGUGUUAACCAGUACUACAAUUCGGUUGGUUCAUACCUCGAGAAAGCCCCAAUUUACUAAUUAGGCAAUUUUCUAACUAUGGUCUAAAUUAUAUUUACAGUACAGUAUAAUAAGUCGAAAUACGUUGAUCAAGAUGGGAUUGUUUUAAAGAUAUAUUACAUUUCUUCUUCGAAUGACCUAAAUAUUACACAUACAAAAAAAAUGAUAUUUGGGGUUAGUCACACUUUAAGAUCUUGAGUAGAAGUCUAUAAUAUAAAAAAUAUAAAAUAUUCACUGUCUUAUUUCCUAGGUCUGCUAGGCCCAGAUCCUUCACGUCAUGGUAUACCAGAAUACCGAUCUCGAGGCUUGCUCCCUACCCCUGGUCCACCGCUUGACCCCACGCGCUUCCUAGGACUUCGAGGAAGGUUUCCGCUACCAGGCGGUCCCCGUAUGAGACAUCCUAUGCCCGGACAGAGAAUACCUAGACCCAUGGGUCGAGGUGGAAUGCCGAAUCGAUUUCCUCUACCUAACCAAAAUCAAG